CAUUAUUCCGUUUUCUUUCUUUCAGAUAUUUCCAAGUCACAGGAGAUGGAGAGAUCAAAAUAAUCGCUGACCCAAGCGAGUUAAAAAAGAGUUCCUACCAGUUGAUGAUAAUCGUUGACGACGGUGGCCAUCCGCCCCGUCGGACGCUGGUCAAUGUUACCGUCAAUUUCCCAGCCCUGGUUGUGGCCGAACCCGCCACUGGCAGUAGUCUCAGCAAAACCGACACCCUCCUCAUAGUAUUGGGUGUCUUCUUAACCCUCUUUGUCAUACUUGUCAUACUUUUGAGCGUUUACAUCGCAAGACGAUGUAAAGCAGCCCGUAAAGAUUCUUCGAGAACAACUCAUUGGUUUUUCAGAAAUCUAUACAGUACAGACAAUUUGGACAAAACGAAAUCCGACUUGGCCAAAGGUGACCCAAGAGGUAAAGGUUUCAAACAGCAGAAGAUCAGUCAUUCUCAAGCGAACACAAACAUGACAUUGGCUGAUGAACUCGAUACAGUCUCUGGUAGUAACGGCUGCGGUAGCAACAGUGUCCAGGAAAGUCCGUUCGUCGACAGUAGUGUCUAUGACGUUCAGCCCAAAGACGGUUACAAAAGAUUCAAAGGCGGUUCAAGCAUGGAGAGUUUGUACAGCGACAAUGGUGGAUCCAGUUUAGACAGGGACACGCCCAUACAUUCUACAAAC